AUGGCUUCCGACUACUCUGACGACGAUAUGCCUCUGGCACGUCCCAAUGGCCGCCUCUCUGCAGCCACCAUCCCAAAGUCGGAGGACCGAGCCAUGGACAAGAACGAUCCCGCCGCCAAGGGUCUACCCGCGCCCGUGUCUAUUCGUCACGGCCCUGUGCGGGACGAAGAUGCCAUGGAUGUCGACAGCCCCCAGCAGGUCAACGGCCAUGGGAAAAGGAAGUCUCGGGUCUCCGUUGUCAGCUACAAGGACGAGUCCGACAGUGACGACGCCCCCAUAGCAAAACGCCAGAGAAAGAAGGUGGUCGACUCGGACUCGGAGGACGAUGCUCCACUGAGCAGGAAAGGCCGCCUUCCCCCCAAAGCCACCGCGGCCGACAUGAUUGACAGCGACUCCGACGAUGAGAAGCCUUUGACCGCCAAGCUGGCGCAGAAGAAGAAGGACAUCGAGAACGCUGCCGUCAGGGAGGCCAGGGCCAUCCGGAAAUCCGUCAAAGACGAGUCUGACUCGGACGCGCCACUGGCCGCGCCCAAGGGGCAGAAGAGAACAUCCAAUGGGGUGCCCAAGGCGAACGGCGUCAAGAAGGAGGCCGACUCGGAUUCGGAUGCGCCUCUGAAAAAGACCAAGCCCAAGGCGAAACCUGCCCCAGCUGCUUCCAAGGCCAAGCCGAAGGGAAAGGCCGAUGUUACGCCCGCGAAGAAGGCGGCUGCAAAGAAGGUCGCCAAGAAAGAAGAGAGCGAGGAGGUCGAGGAUGACGACGACGAGGGAGGCGAGAACUGGUGGGACAAGCCGAUGGACCAGGACGACAGCAUCAAGUGGACGACUUUGGUGCACAACGGCGUCAUGUUCCCGCCCGCCUACGAGCCUCUGCCCAAGAACGUGAAGCUCAUCUACGACGGUGUUCCUGUAACCCUGGCCCCCGAGGCUGAGGAGGUUGCCUACUUCUUUGGUGCCAUGGCUGAUACCGCCCAUGCGAAGCUCGACGUUUUCCAGAAGAACUUUUUCACCGACUUCAAGGAGGUAGUCACCAAGAGCGGUGGUGCCAAGGAUCGGCAAGGCAACAAGGUCAACAUCAAGGACUUCGCCAAGUGCGAUUUCUCCAAGAUACUCAACUACGAGCAAGGCAGAAAAGAGGCCAAGAAGGCCAUGUCGAAGGAGGAGAAAAAAGCUGCUGCCGAGGAAAAGAAACGUGUCGAGGCGCCUUUCAAGACUUGCACGGUGGACGGCAAGACACAGGAAGUUGGCAACUUCCGUGUCGAACCUCCCGCCCUUUUCCGUGGCCGUGGCGCACACCCGAAGACUGGCAAGCUGAAAUAUCGUGUCAUGCCUGAGCAGAUCACCAUCAACAUUGGCAAGGGUGUCAAGGUGCCUGAGCCGCCUGCCGGCCACAAGUGGAAAACCGUUCAGCACGACCAGAAGGCUUCAUGGUUGGCCAUGUGGCAGGAGAAUAUCAAUGGCAACUACAAAUACGUCAUGCUGGGCGCGACGUCCGACUUCAAGGGCAAGAGUGAUCUGAAGAAGUUCGAGAAAGCUCGCGCGCUCAAGAAGUACAUCGACCGUAUCCGCAAAGACUAUGAAAAGGAGUUGAAGUCGGACAUCAUGGCGGACCGUCAACGAGCCACUGCCAUGUAUCUCAUCGACAAGCUCGCUCUGAGAGCUGGCAACGAGAAGGAUGCCGAGAACGAGGCCGAGACCGUGGGUUGCUGUUCUCUCAAGUACCAGCAUAUCACACUCCGAGAACCUGAUACUGUCAUCUUCGACUUUUUGGGCAAGGACAGUAUUCGGUAUUACGACGAGGUCAAGGUCGAGCGUCAAGUCUUCAAGAACUUGAAGCUGUUCAAAAAGGCGCCCAAGGGCGAAGGUGAUGACAUCUUCGACCGGCUGAAUACAUCUCAGCUAAACAAGCAUCUUUCAAGUUACAUGCCGGGUCUCACUGCGAAGGUUUUCCGUACCUAUAACGCGUCCUACACCAUGAGCAGGCUUCUGAAGGACCUCAAGUUCCCUCCUAAUGCGACGUUGGCAGAUAAGAUGUACGAAUACACCAAAGCCAACCGAGAGGUCGCCAUCCUUUGCAACCACAAGCGGACAGUGACUGCUAGCCACGAAGCGACGAUGGAGAAGAUGGGAGACCGGAUCAACGCUAUCAAGUUCAACAUAUGGCGUACAAAGCAGAUGAUCCUGGAUAUCGACCCCAAGCAAAAGAAGAAGAAGGGUGCCGAGUAUUUCCAGCUCCCGGAAGAUAUGGCCAGCGAGGAGUGGAUCCAGAAGCACAUCAACUUCAUCGUCGAAGAGGAGCGCAAGAGGAUCACGAAGAAGUUUGAGAACGAUAACAAAAAGUUGGCAGCCAACAAGGAGAAGCAGCUUCCCGAAAAGGAGUUGAAAGACCGACUCAAGGCCGCGGACGACCUUGCGAAGCAACGUAAGAAGGAGUGGAAGUCUAAGAAGGUCGAAGCCGAGGGCAAGGGCCCGACGGUUGAGAAGAUCGAGGAGAAAGUCAAGAAGCUCGAACAGAGCCUGAACGCAGCUGAGCUCAAGCAGCAGAAUCAAGACGAGAACAAGGAGGUUGCGCUGGGAACCUCUAAGAUCAACUACAUUGAUCCUCGUCUCUCUGUCGUCUUCUGCAAGAAGUUUGGCGUCGCCAUCAACAAGGUCUUUUCGAAGACCCUGGAAAACAAAUUCCAGUGGGCCAUCAAAUCUGUCGAGGAAGACUGGGAGUUCUAA